AUGGUGGACUCAACUCCAAUAGUAGACGUCUCAAAACUCUUCUCCCUCGCAGGCAAAACAGCAAUAGUCACAGGCGGAACCGGAGGACUCGGAGCAGCAAUGACCACAGCUCUGGCUUCAGCAGGCGCGGACAUUGUCUCGAUAGAAAUACCAGAGGAUCCGGCUAGUCAGACCAUCAAGGACGCUGUGGAAAAGACUGGUCGGAAGAUUCGGCAGUAUACCUGUAAUGUUAGAGAGCCGAAGGCUCUAAGGGAGGUUUAUCAGAAGCUUUGGUCCGAGGGGAUUAAAGGGGAUGUUUUGUUGAAUUGUGCUGGGGUGCAAAGGCGAGCAGAAGCCGAAGAUUUUACCGACGAGGACAUUGACUUUGUCCUGGACAUCAAUCUGAAAGCRACAAUGGUUUCCUGUCAAGAGUUCGCAAAGCCACUGCUGAAAGAGGGUCGUCCUGGGAAAAUCAUCAACAUAGCAUCAAUCAUAUCCUUCAUUGGAGGCAAGAACAUCACGCCCUACGCAGCAUCCAAAGGCGGAGUUAUGCAGCUCACCAAAGCAUUCAGUAAUGAAUGGGCCGAAGAAGGAAUACAAGUCAACUCCAUUCAUCCAGGAUACUUCCGCACGCCUCUCACCACGCAGUAUUCCACAGAUCCGAAAUACGAAAAGUUCAAUGAUUACAUCAUGAGUCGCACGCCUGCGAAGCGCUGGGGAGAACCGGUGGAUCUUUCGGGUGCUGUCAUCUUCCUUGCAAGCGCAGCGAGUGACUAUGUCAGUGGAACUGGAAUUGUUGUCGAUGGGGGAUUCACAGGAAUGUGA